AUGGUCCCUCUGGAGACGGAGGAGGAUGAGCUGGAUCUGAGUGUGCGCAGCCAGGUGUGCUUGUUCACGGGAGCCCAGCCGCCUCCUCCCAAGCUCUGCAUCCCAGGUGCUGGCGCCACCACGAUGCUCCUCUCAGGUCUCCUGCUGCUGCUCUGGCUGCCCGCCAGCUUGGCCCACCACGCCACCCCGAACAGGGGGGCCACUGGUGCCCAAGAGACCUCGCGCUGCUACCUGGCCCACGAGCUGCCCCUGGGGCAGCCCCCCAGCCACCUGCUGACUCGCGGCGUCAGGUGGGAGCAGGCCUUACCGGUGACCCUGGUGCCCGGCCUGGAGGAGGCGGGUCAGAGAAGACACCACAGGUCGCUGGCCAGGCCGCAGUGCCCGGUGCUCCGGCCCGAGCAGCUGUUCACGGCCGAGGUGCAUGAGCGCUCCAUCUCCCCCUGGAGAUACCGCAUCGACACGGACGAGAACCGCUACCCGCAGAAGCUGGCCUUCGCCGAGUGCCUGUGCCGCGGCUGCAUCAGCGCGCGCACGGGCCGCGAGACGCCGGCGCUCAACUCGGUGCAGCUGCACCAGAGCCUGCUGGUGCUGCGGCGCCGCCCCUGCGCGCCCGACGGCUCGGCCGCGCCGCUGCCCGGGGCCGUGGCCUUCCGGGCUGAGUUCAUCCGCGUGCCGGUCGGCUGCACCUGCGUGCUGCCCAGGUCGGUGCGCUGA